CAUCAGUGUUCACAGUUGUCAUAUGAAUCAUCGGUGUUUACAGUGAUUCUUCGGUCAUAUGACUCAUCAGUGUUUACGGUGACUCUGGUCAUAUAACCCCGGUGUUGUGUCGCAGGGGUCAGUCAUGUGUCGCGCGUUGCUCGCGGUGUUUCUGGCGCUCGUAAGCGCUCGUUAUAGUGAUUCGGUGUCGGCUCCUCCGCAUGAGGAGGUGGCUCGGAUGGCUCGGUUCGUGGUCCACAAAUGCGACUGGGCUUCGAUGGCGACGAUCUCCACCCAUGAGCCCGUGAAGGGACAGCCGUUCUCCAACGUGUUCUCCAUCAGCGACGGGCCCGUGGGCAACGGAACCGGGACCCCGUACAUGUACCUGACCCACAUGGAGAUCUCCGUGCAGGACCUGCAGGUGAACCCGCUGGCGUCUCUCUCCGUGUCUCUGGCUCAGACACACUACUGUAAGAACCACGGCUUCGACCCGCAGAGUCCUCUGUGUGCUCACAUCAUCCUCUCAGGCUCCGUCAUCCAGGUGCCGGACAGCGAGGUGUGUGUGGCCAAAGCCGCUCUGUUCGACAGACACCCUGAGAUGGCGGACUGGCCCACGGACCACAGCUGGUUCUUCGCCCGCUUCAACAUCUCUCAGGUGUGGGUGCUCGACUACUUCGGCGGAGUGAAGACCGUCAGUCCCGAGGAAUAUUACAGAGCCGCUCCGACACACAAACACUCUGGAAGUGACACGUGGAGAACUUGAACUGGAUUAGAACGUUUCAGAAGAGACUCGCAUUAAUGAAUGACUCUCAGGAUGAUGCUGUUUGAAUCUUUCAGCGGUGUGUGUGUGUGUGUGCAGUGUAGUGUGUGUGUGUGUGUGUGAUCAUGUCUGAUGAUGGUUUCUCUAGAUCAUUAGUGGACAUGAUGUGGAAAUCUUUCAUUUUUUAAAGCAUUUUAUGAAAUGCUCAGGAAUAAUUUUUGCAGUUUGCACAUGUUUUCAGUUUUAAUAUUUGCAGAUUUUUACUAAAUGCAAAUUCAGUGAAACUUUUUAUUGAAAUCCUAAAAGGUUUCAUGAGAUUCACUUCACUUAAUUGGGUGUUAGUCAGCAACCCCUGACCUCUGUUGUACGAAAUAUUAAUGUCACAAGAUGUUUUUUGCAAUUAGGCUCAUUUUACUAUAUUUCCAUUUUUGCUAUAUUUUAUAAUCAAAAUGAGCUGAUUUUCCAGAUGCUGAUGUGUAUUUCUACAAGUGUGUGACUGUAAUAAUCGUGUGUGUGUGUGUGCCGUGAAAUAAAGAUCUGAUCUUUCAGA